AUGCAGCAGAAAAGUGGAGACCUACAGGAUAAUUUCUUCGCUAGCUUUGUUCUCGGAUGGGUUAUCACAAAUGGUGCUUGUAUUGCUUCUUACCCAAUGAUGAUGACAUCUGGUGAAGCCGUCAUGUACAAGAGCUCUCUUGAUGCUUUUGCUCAGAUUCUUAAGAAUGAAGGUGUGAAAAGGGUGCUGGUGCAAACAUUUUAUCAUGACUAUAUGGGUGCUUCUCUUUUCAGUAGCAUAGCUCAGAUUCUUAAAAAUGAAGGUGCGAAAAGGGUGCAGGUGCAAACAUUUUAUCAUGACUAUAUGGGUGCUUCUCUUUUCAGUAGCAUAGUUAUAUGA